AUGGCGCCAGUCACGCCAGGUCUGCGGCGUAUCGCAACUCGACUUUGGAAUGCCUGGACAACGUACAUGAUGUUCGCUCUUGUAGCAUACCUCUUCUGUGCACCGGUUUUGGGAGCCCCCAUUGCAAAUGACGUCGAGCUUAGGGUUCUUCUUAUCGGAGAUUCCAUCACCCGCGGGUCAGGCAGCUCUCCCAUAAAUGGAUACCGCAAAGUCCUCUACGAACUCCUCACCCAGCGUGGGAACAAGGUCGACAUGGUUGGGAGUGUAAUUGGCGAGGGAGAUAUGGUUGACAACGACCACGAAGGACACCGCGGAAUGAAAAUAAGUGAAAUUACAACUCUGGGUUUGAAAGGAAUCUACUCAGGUGCGAAUAUUGUCCUGCUUCACGCAGGGACGAACAACAUGAAGAACGACAAUGAUGCCGACAUCGCCCUGACUGAUCUUGAAUUCCUCAUCGCGCUGAUUUUACGAGGCUCCCCCAAUGCGGUUGUCUUUGUGGCUACGAUUGUUCCUUCUACCACGGCAUCAAUAAAUAAUCGAAUCAACACAUUCAACAAGGGCCUACCUGGACUUGUCAAUGAUUUCGGGAAAAACGUGGUUCUGGUUCCGAUCAAUGAAGCUGUCUCGCUAGGCGACAUGAAUGACGAACUGCACCCAAACAAUGAAGGUUACCGCAAGAUGGCCCAACAGUGGUACAAGGCUAUUCAAGAGGCGGACGCACAAAAGCUGAUCUCGAAGCCGAGUAAAGAACGAGAUCCGCCGAAUCAGGGUGGCACCAAAUGUUUGAAUACGCCAGAUCUCAUCGAGUCACGCAAAAUCGCAAUGGGACCUCAAGUAGUCUAUAACGACGGCAAUUUCAAACAGGGUUGGAAGAAAAUAGGUGUUAUUGCGGAAGGAUAUUGCCCUCGUGGUAGGCUUCACUUUCCUGAUCUAGAUGGGGAUGGCCUAAGGGACUAUGCCUGCGUUGGUCCACAGAGCGGAGCAGUUACGGCCAGUUUCAGAAUUCCAAGAUCAGACGGCGAGCCAUCUGCCAAGUGGACCGAGCGAGAAGAAAUCGCAACAGGAGCCAGUGGCCGAAAUGGUUCAGGUGUCAAAUUCGCCGAUUUGAACGGCGAUGGUCGUGAUGAUUACGUUUGGAUUGAUCCCAACACUGGAGACUUUUACGGCUGGAUAAAUAAAGGAAGGCAAAACGGCGGGUGGCUGUGGCAUUCGAUCGGCAAGAUUGCCAACAACAUUGGCGCAUCCGCCGCAGCCGUCCAAUUUGUUGAUAUAGACGGGGACGGAAGAGACGAUUUGCUCCACGUUAGUGGCGCUACUGGCCAGACAAAAGCUUGGUUAAACUCUGGAGCAGGGGAUAUGCCAAACUUUUACAUGAUCGGCGAUAACGGUGUGAUUGCUACUGGAGAAUCAGCUCAAGAAGGAGACACAGUCAUCUUGGGGGACUUCACAGGCAAAGGCAGAGCUGAUUACAUGAUUGUCCAGGCUGGAGGCAAGGUGAAAGGCUUGGUUAAUCGUCGCCAAGAAAAGUUUCGAUCGCCGCGCUGGCUCUCACCAGUUGCCGUGGCUGACGGCCCGGAAGGUGCUAAACAAAGCGAAGUUCGACUCGUCGAUAUGACAGGCGAUGGAAAGGUGGACUACCUGCUUGUUGACGAAAAGACUGGGCAGGUCACCCUGUGGGAAAAUACUGGUACAGGAGGAAAGUACCAAGGAGGAGAUGGUGUAUUCCUCUGUGACUGUAAGGACCUCAUUUCCUUCCUUAUCUUACUCGACGGCAAGGGCUGGGGAUAUCUAAACAAAGGUAAAGGCAGAGAUAUAUGGGAAAACCUGGGCAAAAUCGCGGAAGCGCCAAACGGGCAUCGCCGAGAAAAUCUUCGUAUGGGAGUGCUGACCAAGAGCAAACGUGCCGACUAUAUUGUCGUCGACCCAGAUACUGGAAAAGCCGUGUGGUACGAGAACUCGGGCGAAGCAGGGGGCUGGCAGUAUGUAGGCCGUGGCACUGCUGCUGAUGGACCAGUGCAGACUCUUGCGAGCUUUGGAUUGAAGAUGAAAGGAGAAAAUGUGCGCUUUGCCGAACGGCGAGAAAGCAAGCAUACUGACGAGAGUUCCGCCAUAAGCUUGGACGGCGAUGGUCUCGAUGACUACGUUUAUGUUGGGGAACAAGGGGCAACGGUGGUGUGGAAGAACAUGGGCACUGUUCCCAUCACUUGGGGUGCUCCACGGAAAGUCGCUGACGGUCCAGGUGUUCUACCGCAAGAAGUUCAUUUUGCGGAUGUCACCGGUGAUGGCAAGCUGGACUACGUCUCUGUCCACCGCAUCACAGGCCACACCCGUGCCUGGCUACACAGAGGCUGGGAAGCCGGGGGCGAUCUCUGGCAAGGUCCCGUUGUGCUUGCAAACGGAAUUCAACCAGGACACGCCGUCAAGAUUGCCGAGAUGACUGGCGACAAGCGUGCCGAUUACGUGUCUGUCGAGCCUGACACCGGGGCACUGUCCCUCUGGAAAAAUGUCUGCAUAGUAGCCAGCCCUCCGGCAAAUCCGGGGUCGCCAGGUCCCUUUCCUGGAUUCAUAGAACGCCCGUCUACAGAAAUGGAAGAAAUCAUAGCUCAGGCCAGCAAGGAUUACAAUGGCAUCAAUUGGACCUUGGCAUUAGAUAGCGAUUGUACUGAGGAAGAACUCAAGAUCCUCGUUGAGGGGACUUACGCUGCUUUCGAAAUGGCCUCAUAUGGGUCAGCACCUGUUGAUCAUCAUAAGAACUUGGAAUCUAUGGAGAUUUGGCAGACGGCGGCUUUUAAUCGUUAUUUCAGAGGUUCUUAUACUGCUUUGGAGCAGUGGAGAGCAAAUAGCGCCGCUUUCACACUCUCCUCCGUACAAACGACUGGUUGGCCCGAAAUCGUCUUUUGCCCCCAAUUCUUCCGCAGGGAAGAAGCUGCCAAGCUCGCCAAGAACGAGGUUAUGCGUAAACCCAGUUCAUACUACAUGAUUAACUAUCUAGAUUCGUGGGAGCGCACCAUUCUUCAUGAAUGGAUGCAUUUUUCCGUCGAUUUAAUGGAACAAUUCGCUAUGCUAAUGUACGGAUUCCAAGUCACCGAUGAGUCGGGCAUCUUUGAGGGAAGGGAGGUCAAAAUAUACGGCGACUACUGGACGUACCGAUUCGCCCAUGACAUGACCAGGGACGUAAACCCGGUGGUGGCUUCGAACGCUGAUAACUACGCUUGGUAUUUUCUUUACAACUUCUACCACAUCAAGUGGAAAUGGACUUCGGACGGAAACUUUUCGCCCGGUGGCAGCAAAAGGGAGUUUCUUCCAUCGGUUGGCGAGAAUGCCACAGAGCCCUCGGCUUCGAAGCGGGAUUCAAACGACGGGCAAGAAGGAAUUGAUGACUCUACUGUUGGAGACAGUCCUCACUCGUCUGACAAAGAGGCCCUCCAUCGUCGUGCUGACAAGUUUGAGAUGGGGAUUAACAUCAACCCUUUGGAAGGCAAGCUGGAUCAUAUGAUGAUUGACUACGUUGAUGCCGAGUACGACGUUUAUAAAAGGCAUAUCGACCAAAUAUUCUGGUCUCCCGUCUCGGGCGAUUGCUUUUUGACGUAA